AUGGGGUCCAAAAAUCAUGAACUUGUACCUACGUCUCUUGUUGCUCAAAUCGCGGGUUUACGUCAUGGUGGUAGUCAUAAAAUACUUGGGGAAUUAGCCAAAAAGAAUCUUGUUUCCAGAGUUACAAAUGCAAAAUGCAAACGACAAAUAACUGAUGUGCGAGAUCCAGGGCAACUCUAUUCUGAUUUGAUGGAUUUAAUCGUUAGACUAGGCCAAUACGGUCUUAUUCAUGGAGAUUUCAAUGAGUUCAAUAUCCUUGUGAAAGAAAAUGGGGAACCUGUGUUAAUUGAUUUCCCACAAAUGGUAUCCACUUCGCAUCCUGAUGCAGAAUGGUUAGCUUAUACGAAUAAAUUCAGUUUGGAUGUACAAGUUGCCGCAAGUGGAUUUACUAAACAAUGUCAACAAGAAUUAGAAUCGUAUCAAUUAGAAUUAGGAGAAUACCCAAGAAAUUCUGAUAGUGAACAAGAACUUGAUGGGA